UGCAGGGGCCCCGGGCAGAAGCCGGCCACUCCCCACUCUGCCACUGCCGGGAUGGGCCUGACGGUGGCUCAGACAGGCCUGGCGGUCCUGGUGCUGCUGCAGUGCUGCUCUGCCUACAAACUGGUCUGCUACUACACCAACUGGUCCCAGUACCGGGAAGGGGAAGGGCGAUGCUUGCCCGAUGCCAUCAGCCACUUCCUCUGCACCCACAUCAUCUACAGCUUCGCCAACAUAAGCGACAAUGAGCUUGACACGUGGGAGUGGAACGACGCCACGCUCUAUGGCAUGCUGAAUGCACUCAAGACCAGGAACCCCAACCUGAAGACCCUCCUGUCUGUGGGAGGGUGGAACUUUGGCUCUCAGAGAUUUUCCAAAAUAGCCUCCAACACCCAGAGCCGCAGGCAGUUCAUCAAGUCUGUGCCGCCAUUUCUGCGUGCCCAUGGCUUCGACGGGCUGGACCUGGCCUGGCUCUACCCGACACGGAGAGACCGGUGGCAUUUCACCAAGCUCGUCAAGGAAAUGAAGGCUGAAUUCGCGAAGGAGGCCCAGGGAGGAGCAGAGCAGCUCCUGCUGAGCGCCGCCGUGUCUGCCGGGAAGGUCGCCCUGGACAGUGGCUAUGACAUCGCCCAGAUUUCCCGAUACCUGGAUUUGAUCAGCAUCAUGACCUACGAUUUCCACGGAGCCUGGCGCAGGACCACCGGACACCACAGCCCCCUGUUCCGGGGCCAGGAAGAUGCCAGUCCCGACAGGUUCAGCAACACUGACUACGCUGUGGGCUACAUCUUGAAGCUGGGGGCCCCUGCCAAUAAGCUGGUCAUGGGCAUCCCUGCCUUCGGGAAGAGCUUCACUCUGGCCUCUUCCGAGACGGGUGUUGGCGCCCCCAUCUCGGGGCCGGGACUUCCAGGCCGAUUCACCAAGGAGGGAGGCACCCUCGCCUACUACGAGAUCUGUGACUUUCUCCACGGUGCCACAGUCCAUAGACUCCUGGGCCAGCAGGUCCCUUAUGCCACCAAGGGCAACCAGUGGGUGGGGUACGACGACCUGGAGAGUGUCAAAGCCAAGGUGCGGUACCUGAAAAACAGGCAGCUGGCUGGCGCCAUGGUGUGGGCGCUGGACUUGGAUGACUUCCAGGGCUCAUUCUGCGGCCAGAACCUGCGCUUCCCUCUGACCAACGCCAUCAAGGACGCCCUCGACGCACCUUAGCCUUGUGUUCUGCACACAGUGGAGGCCAAGGAGGCCCUGUUGGCCUCGGGCUCCAGCUGGCCAGGAGCCCCAUUGCCUGCACUGCUGGGUCCUCGGCUGAGCCCCUGGCUCCCUCCCUGGGAACCUGUACAGAAGACAGGGUAGCCUAAGACAGGGUGCUGAGCCCUGGUGGACAGGGAGGUGGUCGGGGCUGUGGCAGGGGCUGUGAGAACCAGCAUGGCAAAAGACCCCAGGUCAGCACACACCUGCCAAUGAGCAGAAAUGCUCGUAGACCCCAGGCCUGGCCCAGGCUGCGUCUUCGACUCCCCACCCACGGCCCUCCCUACCAAAGGACACCAUUUGGGCGAGUGCCGCCACCAUGUAGCCCCAAAUCCUACAAGACCCAGUGACCCUGCUAAUUAUACCCUCUGCAAAGCCAGACUUGAAACCUUCUCUUAGGAACAUAAUCGCGUCUCCUACCCUUCUUCCCUUUCCUAAUCCCACAGCUGUUCAAUAAAGCGCAGCGGCUUGUCGCGUG